GCAAGCGCCUUGAAAUUGAGCGGUGCUGCUCCGUCGUAGAAGACUUCAAGAUGUCGCAGGCCAUAUUUGAGGUGCUAGAAGGCAUGGACAACCAAACAGUGCUUGCUGUCCAGUCCCUAUUGGAUGGUCAAGGUGGUGUGCCAGAUCCCAGUACUCAAAAUGUCUCAGGGACCACCAUCCAGCCAAUGGAUGAUGAUGACGUAUUCCUCUGCGGAAAGUGUAAGAAGCAGUUUAACUCACUGUCAGCGUUCAUGACACACAAGCGGGAGCAGUGCCAGCCAAACGCCCCCUCCCUGGCCACCGUGUCCCUGGCCUCCAGCAGUGCCUACACAUCUAUCCCUUCCAUCAGUGCUGUGCCACAACCACCAGCCCACAGACAGGUGUCCACAUACAUCACUGUGCCUCCCUCUCCCCUCACACACACACUGGUCCAGGGGAACGUUCUGGUCAGCGAUGAAGUGCUCAUGUCGGCCAUCUCUGCGUUUGCGUCCAUGGAUCAGCCCAUGGCUACCAUGCAGGCCUCCACCCAGAGCAACCUGAGCAUGCCCAGUGGAGCGUCGUACCUGCAGCACCACCCCCAGCCCCUGCCUCCUAGCCAAUCCCAGCCUCUCUCCUCGCAGGUCCCUUCCAGUCACAACAACUCGGUGGUACAGGUGUACAGCGCGCUGCCCCCUGUGGCCGGUAGUGGUAGCGCAGAGGUACAUGCGCUGGGGCUCCAACCAUUCCAGCAGGUUCAGGGUACUAGUCAUUGUGUGGAAAGUCAGAGCCAGGUGUUCGUUAGCGCUCCUGUGUACAGUCCAGCAAAGCCAGCAGCCAAAGCCAAAAGCUGCAGCGUCACGUCGGCCCUGCCGGAGCUGGCUGAGUAUGACAAGCCUGUUGGCGCCAAGAAAGGCAGAAAUGGCAAGAGAACGCAGGAUGUUGGUCAGACCAAAGCAAAAGGACAGAAGCUGAAGUGUAAUUUCUGUGAUAAAGCUUUCACCAAAAACUUCGAUCUGCAGCAGCACAUCAGGAGCCACACGGGUGAGAAGCCGUUCCAGUGCAUCGUCUGCGGCCGCGCUUUUGCCCAGAAGUCCAACGUGAAGAAGCACAUGCAGACACACAAGGUCUGGCCGGUGGGGGUGCACACUGCUGCCACCAGGCUGCCGGCCGCCGUGAAGGUGGUCCCAGCGAGCGCCGACGAGGGCGCGGCACACCCCGCCGAGGGACAGGAGGCGCAGGCAGUGGAGCAGAGUAAGGGUGAGCUCCAGGCAGAACCCAAGGUGCCCGGCCAGGCACAGAACAAGCAGGUCCUCCUUCUUGACAGCUCCUACCAGUGCCAGUUCUGUGCGGUGAAGUUUAGCACCUACUUCCAGCUCAAGUCCCACAUGACGCAACACAAGGAUGAGCAGGUGUACAGGUGUGUGGUGAAGACCUGCUCGCAGACAUUCCAGAAGCUGGACCUGUUUUUGGAGCACAUCCGCACACACCAGGAGGACCUGACUUACCGCUGCCACCUGUGCAGCAAGGUCUUCCCCACACUGUUCGACCUGGGCCUGCACCAGUACUCCCACAGCUUCUGUCCCCAGCAGAUCCCACGCAAGGAAAGCAGCUACUACAGAUGUAAUAAGUGUCAGAGUAAGUACUCCACACAGGAAGCUCUGGAGCAGCACCUCAUCACGGCCUCCCACAACUACCCCUGUCCACAGUGCCAAAAGGUGUUCCCCUGUGAGAGGUAUUUCCGGAGACAUCUCUCCACUCAUGGUGCGAGCGGGAAAUUUAAAUGCCAGAUCUGCAAAAAGUUUUUUAAAACGGAGCACUACCUCAAACUCCACACACAGAUACACUCAGGGGAGAAGCCGUAUAAAUGCUCUGUUUGCGAGGCCACAUUCAACCGGAAGGACAAAGUGAAGAGACACAUGCUGAUCCAUGAACCCUUUAAGAAGUACAAGUGCCCUUUCAGGACACACGUGGGCUGCACUAAAGAGUUCAACCGGCCCGACAAGCUAAAGGCUCACAUCCUCUCUCACUCUGGUCUCAAGCCCUUUAGGUGCUCGUACUGCCAGAAGAGCUUCAGCAGGCGUGCGCACAUGCUGGAGCACCAGCGCUCGCACACCAACAGCUACCGCCACCGCUGCACGACCUGCGGCAAGGGCUUCACCCGGCACAAAUACUUCAGGGAUCACAGGUGCCCCCUGGCAGCAGCUCCACCCACAGCAGGCGGAGACGCUGGAGAGAGGCGGAGCAGCAGGACGAGGAGGAGGAGGCGCGGCGGGGGAACGGGUGAAGCAGGUGACGGCGAGACCACAGUCGAGGAGCCCGUUGGGGAGUAUGCGGAGACACCUGACGAAGACGAGGAUGAUGACUGCAGCGGCGAGGGAGAGCCACCUGUGAGUGAAGUGCUAGGGACGGAAGCAGAGGACAGCCUGGCGGGAGGCAGAGAUGCAGAGAGGGAUGGUUUGGAGGGUAGUGCGGGCCAAGCAGAGCCCACAUUCAGUCCCCCGGUGGAGUGAUUGGGGGGCUGCGUCCCAGCAGUCUUGCUAAUGCAAGCCAUCCUGCUUUCCAUGCUUGUCUGGUGCUAUACUUCACGCUGCUACAUAUCAGGGCUGAACAAUAAGAAGAAACAGUUGUGCAAACCUUCCACUAAUCUUCGUUAGCCAGUAUAUGGGUGGCAAGAUUUGUUUGGAGUUUUGCCAAACUGGUUAAUUGGCAAGUGAAUACAAAUAAUCAAUGAGAUCCUACUGAAGUGGCUCAGGAUUCAAGAAUGGGGAAAAAUAUAUAUAUACAAUGAAGAAAAAAUUCAGAACAAAGGGAUUUCUGCCACUUUGGAGGUUUGGAUUAUUCAUGAAAUUUGUUUUAUAUUAAAACAAUUCAUUUUCUUUUUUAUUAUUUUUUAUCAAAAGAAAAUCAGGAGCUGCUGGAAUCCAUUUUAAAACAGUUUAGGUAUCUGGGCAUUUGUGCUGCUAAAUAAAGACAUGCACUUUUCAACUAUUAAUAAGCCUUGAUAUUAGAGAUAUGCGUUUGUUGUCAUUCAAGCAAUGAAGGGUCCAGUUCACUUGCUGUGAUAUACUAUGUACAGACAUGCACAUGCACAUGAGUGUCUUUUUAUCCAUGACAUUAAAAAACUGGCAGCCUUCACGUGA